AAGUCGAACACCCCUCACUCACUCAUCAUCCUCACUAUCGGGACAAAUCGCCCGACAAACCAUCAUGACUAACCAGGACUGGAUUUGCCCUCAUCUUCAACAAUGUCGCGGGCACAAUUUCUUCCUGAGACUUCGGCAUCGCCGUCCGAGAGAUGGAUACCAACAUGGACACGUCGGCUCAAGCACGGCCUUCCAAGGCUCCGCAGCCCGCGGCUCCUCGAAGGGCUCGCGUGGCUUUAGCCUGCCAGCGAUGCAAGGGACGAAAGCAGAGGUGCGACGGCGGUCACCCUUCGUGCAAGUCGUGCCUGAAAGCCGGCAUCACCUGCGUCUACGAGCCUACGCUAAGGCCUCGUUACCCGGGAGGCAAGAUGCUAUAUAUCAACGCACUGGAAGAGAGGAUCGCGUUCUUGGAAGCUCAACUGCCGGAGCAUGGACGGGAUCACUUUAGUCACGUCGACCCGACCAAGGGCGCAAGACGUAUCCAUAGGCGUUACACCAGCACCUCAGCUGUCAGCCAAGUAGAUGAGUUCGAUGACGAAGACUCAACCUUGGUGGAUGGCGUUGCCUACCUCUCCUUAUGCGCAUCUGGAACUACGGACGCCGCCCCAGAACCCUUCUACAUGGGCUCGAGCUCAGGCGCCACUAUCGCCCGGCUGAUACAAUCUUCUAUAUUCCGGGGACGGAAGGGGUCUACAAAUACACCUGCGCCUCUCAAUACCCUUCGCUCUGGAAGCAUAAGCUCUGCAAACUCGUCUAUCCUAUCACCGCCAGCUACCACUGCUUUGCAAGAGUAUCCUCCUCCAGCACAGGCGCAGCGAUUGUUCUCUGUCUUCUUCGACCGGCUGCACACGAGGUGGCCCAUAUUGGAUCGCAAAGUGUACGGGCAAGUUUAUGAGCACCAGUAUGAGCAGGAUUCACUGCCGAUCAUCGAGAGAAGCAGCCUCCACCUCAUCUAUGCUAUCUCCGCCCGGUUCAUGCAACUCACUAAGCAAGGCACCGAUGUCGACCCAGAAGCACAUUUCACCGCAGCAAUCGAGCCAAUGGACUUCAUCAUGGAGCAACAUAAUAGCUCGACCGUUCAGUUUCUGACGCUCCUAGCCAUUUAUGGUCAGAGGUCGCCAUACGGAGCAGGCGUUUGGUCGCAAGUGCGUUACGCCAUCACUCUCUGUGUCGAGCUAGGUAUGCAUCGAAAACCUACUUCACAUUCGCCGGCACGCGACCCACGAGACCUAGAAAUUCGAAGGAGAAUCUUCUGGUCCUGCUAUUGCUUGGACCGCUUAACGAGCAUGCUCUUGGGUAGGACGGUUGCGAUCUCGGAUCGAGAUAUCAAUGUCGAGCUGCCCAGCGAUGAUUCAGUAUUUUGGGACCUAACCUCCACCCAGCCACCUCUGAAUGAUAGCACUGGAUGGAGCAACAUCUUGCCAUUUAUCCACGUGGUCAAGCUCCGGCAACUCCAAUCCAAGAUCCAACGCACCGUAUUCCGGGUCGAUAUUGACCACAUAUCUCGUUCGCCAGAUGAGCAAGCUCGAGAUGACGCAAAAGUCGAGAAGAUCAGAGCUGACCUCGAUGCCUGGGUGAACGACAUCCCCGAACCUCCUCCUGCCGUUGAAGGUGGCCCGCGUUGGAUGUACCAACCGGAAACGCUCAAUACCUACCACGACUCGCGAGACUUCUUCACGCUUCAGUACCACAAAACUAUCUUGUCGCUCUACACCGCACUCCUACCGAGCCUGGCCAUAAAUGACCCUCGGUUCGUCUCUUGCGCACAAUCAUCCGCCCGCAUAUGCGCAACGUACAAGCGCCUCAAUCAGCAGAAGAUCCUCUCCUUUACUAUCAUCGGGCUUCAUUCGUGCUUCGUGGCGGGCUUGACUCUCAUCUACUGCUUAUGGCGAGAUAAGUCACUGUUCUCUUUCGACAUCCUGGAAGCGACCCGAUCUUGCAGCCAGUGCCUUACCAUCUUCGGAGAGAAGUGGCCUGGCGCUGUCAAAUACGGCGAGAUCUUCGAAGCGCUUUCUGGCAGCGUGUUGCGAGCGAUCAUGGAGCCUGCGCCGGAAGGCGAACAGAAUCUCCGCAUCAACCUAGAUACACUGGUCGAGCAGACCCCUUCGGUAGCGGCCGAGGCUAGAGAGGCGGGGUCAUCUGAUCAUCUUCUCGGCGCCGUGAAAGACGUGUUCAUGGAAGUAGAUGAAGAUGUGCCCGGUGGUUGGCAGGGCUGGAGGGUCUUCAACGAGAUGGUGCAGUCGGACAUACAAGAGCCGGGGCUCGCCACGGGCGGUAUAUCAGAAGCGGGACCAAUGCCGAGAGAAGACUUUGUGACGACGAACUGGAAUGACAGCCUGGGGUUCAUAAAUGCAGACUUUGAUGCACCGAGCAUGCAGUCGGGAGGCGCUUUCGGCGCCCAAGGAGGAUGGGAUCACGGGUUCUUCGCGGGCUACGAAUGACCCCAAUGAGUACGCACACA